AUGACCUCUAAAAACAGAACCAAUGAAAUCAUUAAAAAACUUAAAGCUAGCAAAAAACAUCUGGAGGAGAUAAACGAAAAGCGUGACUCCAACUGCUUUGUGGAAAGAAGCAAUCAAGUCAGUUUAUUGAGAGUUCAAAAGAGGCAUUUCAGUGGUGCCUACCAGUCCUUUACUCACACCCAAAUCAAAGAACCCGUUCCUGACAGUGGCAGGAGCUCCUGGGUCACACUGAGUCUCCUGGUUCACACCGAGAAAAAGCACUUUCCUGCAAAAAAUAAUGCCAUAUUUGGAUAA